UCCAACAGCUGGGAGGUUAAAGUAUAACAGCCACAUAGUAUGUCUGCGAAUUGAGUUUAAUUCAUUCAGCAAUCAACAGAGGGGAAACUUCUAACAGGCUUCAUUUAAAACACACACCAUAGAACCAAGAAAACAUGGAUAUAUUAGAGACAAAUCCGAGAUACAAGAAAUCGUCCCUGGGAACUGUGAGGAAUACUGUAUCGAAGCUCCUGCCAUUCUUCAUGUCCUGCUGUGUUUACUUCGUCCUGUGGAUUCCUCUCUCCGAACCCAGUCCCUUCAGCGCCUUUAUCAAGUGCUUGCCGAUCAUCAGUCUAGAGUUCUUUAUUGUUGUCCACUCCAUUAGUCAAAAAAACUUCAGUUCUUAUGCUCGGAAGAUCUUUGUGGGCCUUAUCUUUUCUGGGCUCGGUGACAUGUGCUUGAUUUGGCCAGAGUACUUCCUCCAUGGUAUGGUUAUGUUUGGACUGGCCCAUCUGACGUACAUAUUUGCCUUUGGAUUCCGUCCUCUAAGGAAACGCAUCUUUAUCGUCCUUGCUCUUUUCUGUGUCACAUUUUACGUUGUUGCGUUGCCUUACUUAAAUGGACCAUUUGUCUACAUGGUGGGAGGAUACUCUGUGCUAAUUGGAACGAUGGCGUGGAGGGCAUUAGCUAAAGUCAGUCUGGCAUCUUACAACUUCUCCUGGGCCCAUAUUUCUGCUGCGGUGGGCUCUAUUGAUUUUAUGAUCUCAGACUGUGUCUUAGCAAUUGAUAAAUUCUGUUUCCCAAUUUCCAACGCCCGCACGAUUGUAAUGGGGACAUAUUAUAGCGCGCAGCUUCUAAUAGCCCUGUCUGUCACUGGAUAUUCGCAGGAUGACUUUAUGUGGAAGAGUAAAUAAAAAACAGGAUCUUUCUUUCUGAUACACACCAAAAACUAGAAUUACCUAAACAUUGUUGGGUCAUCACCAAAACUAACCUUAUACCUACCGAGAGACAUUAUCAAUGAGCAGAGCCUGGGACUGUUAACCAUUAAAUAGUAAAGUCAGCAGCCAAUCACAAACACUCUAUUGUAGUGACUCACUAAUUAUGGUAACCAAUAAUAACAGUCCUUAGGGACAUAUUCUGAAUUAUCACCUGUAUUAAAGCACAUUUUUUAAUAGUGAUAUAGAAGUGAUUAAAGCACCACCUUAUGCUAGGCUUUAUGACCCUAGGCAUCUGUCUAAUAACCCCAAGAUUGGGCAUACUGAGAGUUUUUGGGUAUGAUGAUGAUGUAUACUUAAUUAUAUGUUGUAGAAGUUAUGCAUUUUAGCCUCACAAUUAUUGCAUGCCUCUAUACAAUUCUGCUCAAUUCAGAAGUUCUGUUUUAUAAAUGCCAGUGGAUCUUAUUGAAGUAGCACAUGGGAAUUCAUCGCAAAUACCGUCUGUUUUAAGAAUUAAAGCAACACUUCAGUCCAAUAUUUUUGGUAAAA